AGUGAUUGGGGGCGGAGUCAAGCGGCAGCAUAAUCAAGAUGGCCACCUUCACUGAACGGAUGGCGCCUCUCUUGGCACUCUGGCUGGCUGUGUGCCUCAGCGGAACUUGGGCUGUGGAUAGGGGCAAUUUCAAGACCUGUGAGCAGAGUGCCUUCUGCAAGCGUCAGCGAGCGCUGAAGCCUGGAGAGUCCCCUUACCGAGCCUUGCUGGAGACCAUGGAGCUGACCAACACCAGACUCACCCUGCAGCUCAUCAAUGAUAACAACAAGGUGCGUUUGCUGCUCGAGCUCUACCGCCUCCAGGGAAACAUAACGAGGGUGAAGAUUAAUGAGCUGAAGCCUCUGAAACCUCGCUAUGAGGUCCCAGACGUGCUCAUCAGGGAGCCUACCACAGAGCCCCUGUCUGUCCUGUCUCAGGAUGAGAAUGGGGUAGUGCUGUCUCUGGGGGUGGAGUCUCAGAGAGUCAUUAUUAGCGCCCGGCCCUUCCGAUUGGACAUCAUGGAGGGAAGCGACGUGCUGAUGUCUCUGAAUUCGCGUGGGCUGCUGGCCUUUGAGCACCUGAGGAUGCGCAAGGACACUUUCUCCUAUAAAGUAACUAGCACAGUGGCUAGCGUGUGGGAUAAUAUCAAGAGGGUAUUCUCUAGUCAGGCAGACCCAGCAGCUGAGAAGAAGGAGGAGGCUGAUCCAGCAAACCAGGCAGAGGCAACGAAAGAAGAGGAAGAGAAAGUAGAAGAGGGGAUGUGGGAGGAAACAUUUAAAUCACACACAGACAGCAAACCUAAUGGUCCAUCUGCUGUUAGUUUAGACUUUUCAUUGCCGGGAGUCGAGCAUGUUUAUGGUAUUCCAGAACAUGCAGACACACUCAGACUCAAAACAACUGAUAAUGGAGAUCCAUAUCGACUCUAUAACCUGGACGUGUUCCAGUAUGAAUUGUAUAACCCUAUGGCCUUGUAUGGGGCUGUACCAGUGAUGUUAGCCCACAAUGCCCAGCGAACUACAGGCAUCUUUUGGUUCAAUGCUGCAGAGACCUGGGUGGAUAUUAGCUCCAACACAGCUGGAAAGACUGUGUUUGGGAAAAUGCUGGAUUAUGUUCAAGGCUCCAGUGAAACACCACAGACUGAUGUGCGUUGGAUCUCUGAAAGUGGUAUCAUCGACGUCUUCAUUAUGCUGGGACCAACUCCUAAAGAUGUCUUCUCUCAGUACGCCUCUCUUACAGGCACUCAGUCUUUCCCUCCACUGGCUUCCCUGGGAUACCAUCAGUGCCGCUGGAACUACAAUGACCAGGAGGAUGUGAAGUCAGUUGAUGCCGGCUUUGACGAGCACGACAUCCCCUAUGACUUCAUCUGGCUCGAUAUUGAGCACACAGAUGGGAAGCGCUACUUCACUUGGGAUCCACACAAGUUUGCAAACCCCAAGGAAAUGCUGCAGGGUCUCAUGGACAAGAAGCGUAAGAUGGUGGCUAUUGUGGACCCUCAUAUUAAAGUAGACAGCAACUACAAAAUCCACAAUGAAAUCCGCUCUCGGGGUUUCUAUGUCAAGAAUAAAGAUGGUGGAGACUAUGAGGGGUGGUGCUGGCCUGGAAGUGCCGGUUAUCCAGACUUCACUCGUGCAGACAUGAGGGCGUGGUGGGCCAGCAUGUUUGCCUACGACCAGUAUGAGGGCGCCAUGGAGAACAUGUAUACGUGGAACGACAUGAAUGAGCCAUCGGUCUUCAAUGGGCCGGAGGUCACAAUGCACAAGGAUGCGGUGCAUGGAGCCUGGGAGCACCGUGAUAUACACAACCUGUAUGGUUUCUAUGUGCAAAUGGCCACAGCGGAGGGUUUGAUCCAGAGGUCAGGAGGAGUUGAGCGACCAUUUGUCCUGACCAGGGCCUUCUUCGCUGGGUCUCAGCGCCUUGGUGCUGUUUGGACAGGGGAUAAUGCUGCUGAGUGGGACCACCUGAAGGUAUCCAUCCCCAUGUGUUUGAGUUUGGGCUUGGUUGGAAUCUCUUUCUGUGGCGCUGACAUCGGUGGCUUCUUCAAGUCUCCAAGCACUGAACUGCUUGUGCGCUGGUACCAGGCGGGUGCUUAUCAGCCAUUCUUUAGGGCCCAUGCCCAUCUGGACACGCCCCGCCGUGAGCCCUGGCUGUUUGGUCCAGAAAACACGGCGCUGAUCCGUGAAGCUGUGCGCCAGCGCUACACCCUCCUGCCCUACUGGUACCAGCUGUUCUACCGUGCAUACCUCACAGGAGAGCCCGUCAUGAGACCUCUGUGGGUGGAGUACCCUCAGGAUCUGGCUACUUUUGCUCUGGAGGAUGAGUACUUACUUGGUAGAGACUUGCUGGUGCAUCCAGUUACUGAGGAGGGAGCCAGGGGAGUCACUGCCUACCUGCCAGGAAAAGAUGAGGUCUGGUUUGAUGUCCACACCUUCCAGAAACACAACGGGGCCCAAAACCUUUACAUUCCUGUCACCAUGAGCUCUAUCCCAGUUUUCCAGCGCGGCGGUUCCAUAAUUCCAAGGAAGCUUCGCGUUCGCAGAUCCUCCACCUGCAUGGAGCACGACCCCUACACUCUCUAUGUGGCUCUUAAUCUCCAGAGAACUGCAGAGGGUGAGCUCUACAUAGACGAUGGCCACACAUUCAACUAUGAAAAGAAGGAGUUCAUCUACAGGAGGCUUUCCUUUGCCAACAACGCCCUCUCCUCUGUUAACCUCGCUUCUGAUGCCCAGUUCGCUACCGAGUCCUGGAUUGAACGUAUUAUCAUGCUGGGAGCCAGUAAACCCAGCAAAGUUACCCUUAGGACUGCUGAUGGACAAGAGAGCCAGCUGGAGUUUGAUUUUGAUGCAUCCAUGUCUGUUCUGACGGUCCGUAAGCCCGGCAUGAAUGCAGGGGCUGAUUGGACCGUGACAUUUCAGUAACCGUGAAAGAUGGAAGAGGAGGAAUCAGGAGGGGGAAAACAACUGAAUUGGAGGAGAGGAGGGAGGGAGAGAGAGAGAGAACAGAAUGGCGCAGACACAAGGCACUAAUACCCAUGACUGACUAAAAUGAAGCAAGAUAGGCAACAUUGUGGAGAAAACAAAAAAGAUAACACAUUUACAUGCACACACAGAGAUGUAUACCUGUUAGUGAAUCUGAGCCAGGUCACUUCUCUGCCAUUUCCCUCUUGUGUUAGUCACACUGUGAUACCUAACAAAGAGUUCAGGGUUAUUGCUAGAUAGACAGGUUUUCAUUUUGCUCGAUUAGGCAACAAUUGACCUUGUCAUUUUUAGUAUUCUUUGGGGUUAGAAAGAAACUUCUGUCUUUUUUUCUUUCUUUUUUUUUUUAAUCGUCCACUUGGUUUUCCAUCCAGUCUACCUUAGAAAAAAAAAUCACUUGGGGUGGGGGGGUUUCCACUUAAAAUGAAGGUUCACAUUCAAAUCUGCCGUUGAUCCCCUCAAUACUCUGAGAACACAUUUCAUUCCUCUUUUUAGAAUAGCACCUAAAUCAGCUUAGAUUCAGGCCAUUUUGUUUUCAUAUCUAGGGAGGGAAAUUACCAACAAUCUCCUGUGUGGCUCUGAACUUUAAUCCAGUGUUUCUUAAUUUCCUGAAGGAAACAAACAUUUUCCUUUAGCCUUUCCCUGUAUUUCAGAUUUUGUGCAUGGGAAUGAUUCAUAAUCACCGGUAGUAUUCAGGUCGUUUAUCUGCUGCACAGUGAGGGGAUUUGCAGCUGCUGUUUUAGAACAAAGUUGGCAAUGGGAAUCACUUCAGGGGACUGAACCACUGACAGUUUGUGGCUCAUUCUGUUGAUGUGCUUUCAUUGUUUUGUUUUCCAUCAUUGCUCACUAGAUUAGUUUUUUAUGCACUUGAAGAAGAGUGUGAACUUAAGUUGUUUAGAUUUUCGUGUGUCACUAGGUAUCGGGACAAUCCAAGGUUUCCAUCUUGCUGUUCGGAUCUUUAUGAACAGGUCAGCUCUAAUCCUUGAAAACAAUUAUGUUUGAAAUCUGAAAUGUACACUGAGUGUUCAUAAAGAUUCAAAUAAUUCUGUGGAGAUGGGUUAUGUCCCAUCUAGUCAAAUCAUCUGACCUUUUUGGGGGGGGGGGGGGGUGUCUGUGAGCUUGUUUGUUUGCUUUUAUGAUCACAAACAUACAUUUUGCUGCAUUUUUGUUGGUGAUGAACUGGUGGAAAUGGAAGUGAAGGAUCAAACUUCAGCUGUCAAAGUUGUCAGAUGUACUUUAAAAAGAUGAGACCAAGUGAAAAUAAAAUUUAACAAAUGUAAACUGA